CGCCCUCGCCCUCGCCCUCGACCACACGCCCACCAGACCAGAACCCACAUCCACCCACUCCAUUCAAUCCUUCAGUGGUUUCUGGAUUCCCGACCCUAUACACUCUUUUGAUGGGCACUGGCACUUUUCCACCGCACCAAUAACCGGAUAAUCGAAAACGCUAAAAAGAAAAAAACAGCAAACAGAAAAAUGAAACUCUCGACCCUGCUCCUCAUCACGCCGCUGGCGCUUGCUAUUCCCUUCACGCCUAACCCAGCGCAGCUCCACGAUGACCCGGACUCGGAUGCGCUGACCCAGGGCCAGGACCAGGGCCAGGGCCAGAGCCAGGGCCAAAGCCACGCGCAACCACAAGACCAAGACCCAGGCGAAGCCAUCAAGAACCACGUCCUGCAGAACAUGCGGCCCCAGACGCAGACGCAGACGCAGACCCAAACGCAGACUCACCAGGCCCAUUCGGCCCCGACCAGCACACGCACCACCUCAGGCACGAGAUCCAGCACGAGAACCAAAGGUGCAACACCGGAACAUACCGUCACCGUCACCACCACCGUCGUCACCACCACCAGCACCACCAGCCCAGAAGAUAUCGACCCCAGCCCCAGCCCCAGUCCCGAGGACGAGGCCGAGGACGACAAGAACAAAACCCCAGAGAAACCCACCACCACCACCACCACCGAUAAGUCCAACUCCAACCCCAAGAACAACAACCCCAACCCCAACCCCAACAACACCAACAACGACGAAGACGAAUCAGGCCUAUCCAGCGCCAUCGCCCUCAUCCCCAACCCCAACGCAUCCCAAAACCCCGGCACCACCCAGACCUGCCCCACCGGCCGCCCCUCCAAGCAAUGCUGCCAGAGCAUCGAGUCCGUCGCCGACUCCGUCCUGCAGCCGCUCGGCCAGCUCGUCCCCUACCUGUCCGGCGUCGACAUCUCCAGUUUACUCGCUCUCGAGUGUACAGGAAUGGAUGACACCGACCCGAACGCAAACUGCUUCAACUCCGUCAUGUGCUGCGAGGGCACCCCCGGCAAGACAGCCAGUCAGCAGACCCUCAAAACCGCCUGCGCGACCUGGGACCAGGCCAUGGCUGAUAAGGCGGACGAUGAUGCGGCGGACGCUGCUGCUGCUGCUGCUGCCGCCGACGCACAGAGGCUGGCUUCUUCUUCUGCGGCUAUUUCGCCCUCUCCUACUCCGUCUUCGACGCCUUCGCGGGGGGUGGUUGGGGCGGGGGCUAAGGCGUCUGCGACGCCGGCGAAGAGAGGCCUGCCCGCGCUGCCUAUCCCUGCGCUGCCGGACCUGGGGCUGGGGAAGCUGCUGGAGAGCGGGGCGGGGGUGUUUGGGGGGAAGGGGAGUGUUGUUGGUCUUGGCGGGGCGGGACCUAAUUAGACCCCUGGGUAUACAUACCCCUCGUACUUAGAUUGAGCGUUACCAGGAAGCUGAAAGGAAGGGGGUCCGGGUUCUCCCUGUACUUUGGGUCGAGGUUACCAGGGAGUUGAAAGGAAGGGGGGUCCGGGGGUUCUCCCCCGGGAACGCUUUACUCUCUAGCACAUAAGUUGUGGUGAUUGUGUUUUUGUAUGGUUAUUUACGUGGGUAGUUGGUCGAGU